GCAAGAAGGCGGCGCCGGGGCCGCGGGGGCCGCCGCCCGAGGGGAAGCAGUCCCAGCGCAACGCGGCCAACGCGCGGGAGCGGGCGCGGAUGCGGGUGCUGAGCAAGGCGUUCUCCCGGCUGAAGACGAGCCUGCCCUGGGUGCCGCCCGACACCAAGCUCUCCAAGCUGGACACGCUGCGCCUGGCGUCCAGCUACAUCGCCCCCCUCCGGCAGCUCCUGCAGGAGGACCGCUACGAGAACGGAUACGUCCACCCCGUCAACCUGACUUGGCCAUUUGUGGUUUCAGGAAGACCUGACUCUGACACCAAAGAAGUUUCUACUGCCAGCAGAUUAUGUGGAACUACUGCAUAGUCAAAGUAAAUUGGUUUUUUGUUGUUGAUGUUGAUCUUUUUUUUAAUGGGCUGCAUAUUUUUAAGAGCUGUGAUUUAUCGGCUCAAGACUAGAAGAUGGGGACAAACCUCCAUCUCUAACAGUGCUAAAUCUGUGUCCCCUGUCAUUCUUUUCCCUUAGAGUUCUGAGGGAAGUUUAUUUAAAGCGGUAAAGAAGGGAGGCGGCGGAAAUUAGAGUUUUUAUGAACUGACUGCAGCAGCUGAAGUCUGAGAUUUGGAAAGGCCCUUCUUUGGCUUCAUCAUCCUUAUCACCGCCUGAGGACCUGUUGUUCUGAGGCUUUUAAACUAAUGGAAGAGGAAUAUAAUGGUAUAGAAUUAACAGCAUGGACCAAAAUACAACUCUACAAACUAACCCCGAACAGUGUUAUUUGUAUUCUAAAGCAAAGCAGUAUUUUAGAGUAGCUUUGAAACUCAGAUAGAUUUAUAAUAUA